GUGCAUGUGAAGGAACGCUAGCCUGUUCAACUUGUCAUUUAAUCUUUGAAGACCACAUAUUUCAGAAACUAGAUGCCAUUACUGAUGAGGAGAUGGACAUGCUUGAUCUGGCAUAUGGUCUCUCAGAAACGUCACGCUUAGGCUGCCAAAUCUGCUUGAAGAAAUGGAUGGAUGAUAUGACUGUUCGAGUACCAGAAGCUGUUGCUGAUGUUAGACAAUCAGUAGAUAUGAGUAAAAACUCCUAA